CGAAGGGAAGCUGAACGACAACAAGGUUCCUGAACGAAACUAUCGGUGUUGUACUCCUAUCGGCCAUUACUACGACCGUCAAAAUAAAACGUGGAAUUCCAGUGCAUUUUAACAACAAGAGGACGCAAAGCGAUAUAGGAACGUAAGGAUGCAUCGUAAUCAAAACCGUUCCAGAUCCAGAGACAAUUUUGGCAAUAAUCGCAAUAGGCAAAGAAACAAUGAUAACAGACGAAGAGAUGAUUUUGACCGCAAUAGUGGUCGAUUCCAAGGUGGAGGAGGUCGGCGAGAUGGUCAGGGUAAUCAGAUGUCUCAGAUGGACAGAGGCUCAUUUGGUUUGAAUACUGGUGGAUACAACCAGGGCAUGGGGAUGUAUGGGAACAACCAAAAUCAGAUGGUUGGUUUUGGAGGAGGGUUUGGAGGUUCUGGUUUUCAACAACAAAACAGAUUUGGUAUUAACCCACAACAAAUGAUUAAUCCAUGGGCAAGUACUAACAUGAUGGCUCCAUCAAUGGGUGCCUCUGGCGAUGAAGCUAAGCUGGCAAUGAACAUUUUAAAUGCAGUUUUGUCAUCAAGUGGGCCCCAAGCAUCAGGUAGAGGUAUGAGUCCCCCUCCAAAUAAGAUGAGACGCAUGGAUUUAAGGGAUGGGGGGUAUGAUGAUCGCCGAAGAAGGGCACGUUCCCCCCCAGGCCGCUCUCAUCAAAAUCGGCAGCAGUCCUCUCAGCGUGGAUCGGAUCGCCGUGGGAGAGACGGCCAUUCCUCUUCCCAAAGAAACGAUGACCAUAGGUUCAGGAAUUCAUUAAGCAAGAGUCCUGGAGUGUCUAAGUCCUCCAGACAGAGUUCAGUUGAUGAGAAUUCAGAAUUUGUCUUCCGUAAGAGACUGACCUUUGAAGAAAGGGAGCGAGAGACCAAGAAGUAUAAAGACCUGCCAGCAAAGGCUUUGAAGUGUCGCAUGUGUGAGAAAUCAGUAUUUCACAAUGUUAUGGCAUAUUUGGCUCAUAUUGACAGCAAGGGCCACAACAAAGUUGCUCGCGCCUAUCAUGAAAAGAUUGCAGCUUCCGCAAAUCUUAUGAAACAAACUGCUCGUCUUGCUCUUCAGAAGGAAAUGAAAAAAGCAAAGGCUCAGGGCUUAAAAGUUGUUGAAAAAGAAUGCAGAGUGUGUGAGGGCCCAAUGAUUUACGGCAACUUGAAGCAUAAGAAUAUACUGGCAUGUAAGAUUUUGCACAAGCAUCAUAACCAAACACUGUGCUGUGGAAAAGAUCAUAAAACUCGAUCAAUGGUUGAGGAGCACUGCCUAAGUCUUGCCCAUUUGAAGGCCAAAUUUGAGUCUGAUGCACAUGAUGAAGAUAAGGAAGCAUCUGAAGGGGAGAGGGGAACUACUGAAGAAUUUGCAGAAGAUGAAGAAGAGAGCAAGAAGCGAUUGAAGAGAGACGUGGCGAGAAGGAAACGAAAAUUCGGAGAUGAUGAAACUGACGAAGACGAGGAGGAGGAAGAGGAGGAGAAGACUGGCAGUGAUCAUCAAGAUGAAAAACAAGAGGUUGAUAAGAAUAAGGAAGAAGAAGAAGAAAAGGAUAAUUCAGAACAUGUAAAUGGAAAUGACACGGAAGAAAAGGACAGUGAAGAAGUGGAACAGAUGGAAACAGAAGCAGAUAAGGAAGAAAGUAAAGAAGAGGUUAAAGAAGUAGAUCCAGAGUCAAAAGAGGAGCAAAUGGAAACGGAUGUAAAAAAAGACGAAGAUAGUAAUGAAAAGGAUGAUGAUAGUAUAAAGAAAGAAAGGAGUAACCAAAACCAAACCAAGGUUAAUGAGGAGAGUGAUAAUGUAGAAAAUGAUGACGAAAAAAGCAGAGGCAAUCGGAAGAAAGACAACAAGGCAAAAUUGAAGAAAGAAAAGGAUAAUAAAUAUCAAGGUAAAACAUUACAGCAAUUAACAUACCAUGAAUUACUAGAAUUCCACAAGAAAAAUAUGGUUGAUGAUCCUGAAAAGCUGAUGGUUUAUGACCCAGCUCAGCCAACAGGUUUGAAUUACAUUGACACUCGUGUCUCUUACCACUGUAUGGCGUGUCUUGAAUAUUGUCCUGCAUUUCCUGAUGACCUGACAGCUCACAGUUGUUCCAAAGAGCAUUAUGACCUCUUUAGAAGUAAAUAUAUGAAAGUCAAAGGUGUAAGAGACUCUCCUACAAGCUUGAGGAGAUUGAAAAAUUUGGGCAAGAAAAAGGAAGAUGAUAAGGAUAAAAAGGACGACUCUAAAGAUAACAAGACAAAAGAAGAUACAAAUGACAAUGACGAUGAAAAUAUUGAAUCAGAGAAGACUGGGGAUGAAAAAGCAGGAUCAAACGAAAAGGCAGCAUCACAAGAGAAUGAGGAAGUUGGAGGCGAUGAUGCGCUAUAUGACCCAUAUGAAGGAGAAUCGGGUGAUCUAACAACAAUGCUGCAAGAAAAGCAAGCUGCUAGUAAACAGGAGGCAGAAUCCACGACUGGUUAUGAAGGUCAUGACGAAGCCCAUGAAAGUGAGGCUGAAAAUUAUGAGGAUAAUAUCUUGGACUAUGAGGAGGAGGAUGUAGAAGACGACGACAAAGAAGAAAAAGACCAUGGUGAAGAGAAGGAAAAUCAGGGUGAAAAUGAAGAGUACAAUGAAAAUGAGGAAUAUCAAGAUGAUGAAAACAAUGAAGGGGAUAAUGAUAAUGCAAAUGAAGAAGUAGAAGCUAAUGAAGAUGAGGAGGAAUAUGGAAAUGAUGAUGAAGCAGAAGGCAAUGAAUAUGGGGAAGAAUACGAAAAUGAAAAUCAAGAGUAUGAUGAUAAUGAAGAGUAUGCUGAACAAGUAGAAGAUGAAGAGGAACAACAGGAAGAGGAGGACGAGGAAGAGGUGGAAGAAGAGGAGGAGGAGGUGGAAGAGGUACCACAACCUACAGCUAGAAGGGGACGGUCAAGAAGAGCAUUUUAGUGCUAUAGUCUUCGUCGUUGUUUUUACGUCUUAAUUACCGUAUGUAUGUGUGGUUAGACACAGAAUGAGUUUUCCCUACUCUUCUGUCUUAUGAACUCCCUGCGUGAAAUCCUAUCUUCUGUAGGUCCUCAUCCAUGCCCUUUCUCCAUGAUUUUCGUGGCCUUCCUACUGGCCUGUGUUAUGCUACUUCUGUAUCUACUACUAUUUUUAACUGCUCCCUUCCCUGUCUCAUUCAUGUGUAAUACCAGAAAUUUCCUUGUAUAUACAAACAAAUUAUUUACAGCGGUGUUGAAUUAUGAACUGAGUACUGUAUUGUGAAACCAGUACACCUUUAUAGAUCUCUUAUACCAAAGUAAUAUGCCAACUUGUGGGUCUCUGCCAUUGUGAAGGAAGGAGUGCUUUUGAGAACGAGGUGGUAAUAGAACAGUUUGGUUCAUGGUACAAGUUCUUUGGUAAAUGCCAUUGCAGUGUACUUUUGAAAGAUACUAGGUGAUUUGGAUGGAGCGUUUUGCUAUUCCAUUCAUGGGGAAAUAAAUGCAUCAAGUUUAUUGCCUUGGUUUUUUUAAUACUGUUUUCAGUGUAUGAAAAAAUUAUUUGCUCCUGUUGUGAAAUAUUCUUGUAGAGGGUUGAAUUUUUACAUGAAAUAGAUACAAACUAAAAUAGUUUUGUUUGCUGUGGAUCAUUCAAUAUUAGUUAGCAAAUAAUUUCCCUUUUAUGGAUUUUCAAAUACCGAGCAUUACAUCAUCCUGCAGAAUUUGCUAUUGCACAUUAAUGUGCUUGUUAAAUGCUUAAUGAUCAUAGUCUUCUGUGCUCUCAGAAUUUUUCAACUUGGACAGUCAUAAGCAAUAAAUAUGACAGUUUUUAUUCAUUGAUUUACUGUAAGUCAGCCCAUGAUUUCAUGCUUCUGAUAAUGUUCAUAUAAGGAAUUGGCUGUCUUGGUAGGGAUUAUUGUGAGAAUUGUCUUUCAGAGGAACCAUCUGCCCAUAGAUAUAUAUAUAACUUGCAGAGAGCUCUAAAGUCAUCAUUUGGCUUUGCUUGUACCUUACCUGAAUUACAAAUGUAGGCUUAGAUAUGUCAAAACUAUACUGCUGCCAACAGCUGAGUUUUUGUAUAUUAUAUUAAGAAAGGUGUGAUGCUAAUAUUUAUACUUGUAAAAAUUUCAUUUUUUCCUUAUAAAUGAUCUAUGAAUCAGUGUACAUUAUUUUUUCUAAAAUUUAUCCAUUGACACAGAAGAUGUGCCAGUUGAAAAUUUGUACUUAGUGUUGAAGGAAGGUAGUUUACUUUUGGCAGUGUCCUCAGAUGACUGAUUUCAGUAGCUGAAAACAUGAAGAGUUGUAAUGGGAGCUCUAAAAUGUUCUAGAUUGUUUUGUUUCCAUUUUUUAAAUUCUCUUUACCUCGUUGAAUGGUAUCAAUCUCUGCUUUACUUAAAGCUGUUAAAUACAUCACUUGAGUUCCUCCUGGUCAUCUACUACAAAUGAUAAAUACACACCAGGAUAUUCUAUCCUUUUAAGUUUUCUUGAAUAUGCUUCCCACUAGCUUCUUACACAUUCCUCUGUAUAUUAUUAAACAAAUGUAUGCAGUCUUAUGGGCACUGAUUUCUGUUUUUCCAAAUAUAUCUAAAUUUUAGAUAA